AUGGACUACUCAAUCCAGAGGUUGCUCAACGACAAACUCUAUGAUAAACGGAAGCAAGGCGCGCUAGAACUCGAGAAAAUCGUUCGCGAUGCCGUUUUCAAAUCAGAACACGAAACAAUCCAGAAGAUCGUGGAACAGCUUUGCCAUGACUAUGCCUAUGCGGUACAUCAGCCUCAUGCCCGGAACGGUGGUUUGAUUGGCCUGGCAGCUGCUUCAAUUGCCUUGGGAUCCGAAGGGGUAGCGCCCUAUUUGAAAGAGAUUGUGCCGCCCGUCCUGGCGUGCUUUUCUGAUCCGGAUGCGCGAGUCAGAUACUAUGCCUGCGAGAGCAUGUACAAUAUCGCCAAAGUCGCCAAAGGAGAGAUUUUACUUUUUUUCAAUGAUAUUUUCGAUGCGUUGGCCAAGCUUGCCUCGGAUGCGGAACUUUCGGUGAAAAAUGGUGCGGAGCUUCUCGAUCGGUUGGUCAAGGAUAUUGUGGCAGAGUCUGCUGCUUCAUAUGUCUCUGUACUGCAGCUGUCGGAAAAAGAUUCAGACCCUGACCCAUUCGAGGAGACUGAUCUGCCCACCGCUUUCUCUCUUGCAAGGUUUAUUCCUUUGCUGAAAGAUCGAAUCCAUGUUAUUGGCCCGUUUACUCGAAACUUCCUAGUUUCUUGGUUGACUCUGCUGGAUACUAUCCCUGAUCUAGAGCUGGUUUCUUAUUUGCCCGAGUUCCUAGAAGGCCUGAUCAAAUUCCUAGGUGGUCCCAACAAAGACGUCAAUGUGGCAACCCAAGGCCUUUUGGAGCGAUUUCUUUCAGAGAUCAAACGGAUCACUCGACUGAAAAAGGGAAUUGAAGCAAACCGCAAGGUUCGAAGCCGCAGACGCUCCACCGUAAGUGAUGCUGUCAGCUUGAGCGCCAGAACAGAGCAAACGGUGGAUACCGCGGGAGAAGGAAAUCAAAAUGAAAUUGCGGUGGACGAUUCGGCUUCAGAAUCCUAUAUUUACGAUGAUGUCACCCAAACCGAGGGAGAUUGGAUUCCGGGGCAGGAUGUGCAAAUUGAUUACCCAAAAAUUUUGGACAUUCUUGUCGGCUUUGUCGACACCUCUUAUGAUGAAGAAAUGCAGCUCACGGCGCUCCGUUGGAUCGAUUCCUUCUUUGAGAUCAGCCCAGAAGACAUUCUCCCGUUUGUCCCCCGGCUUCUCACACAGGUGCUUCCGGCGAUGUCCAGUGGCGUCGAUCAAGUCCGGCAAGCAGCCAACCGGGUCAACAAGUCUCUUCUCGAAUAUAUCUAUUCUCUUUCCGAUGAUAACAUCGAGGACACAAAGCAAUCCCAAUCCAAGGCUCCCUCUGUCGCGCCCAGCAAGGAGAGCACAGAAAGAAAAUCCCCGGAAACGAACAAUGAGGUUAGAAAGUCAGUGCAAGGGUCUGCUGCGGUGACACCACGUAGCAGUAUCGUUUCAACUCCAUUUCAGCCAGCCGAUCUUGACUAUGCCGCGGCGGUCAAUUCUCUUACUCUGCAAUUCCUAAAUGAGAAUGAAGCUACUCGGGUAGCUGCACUCUCUUGGCUGAUUAUGUUACACCGCAAGGCACCUAGCAAAGUUGUUGCGUUCAACGACGGUACCUUCCCAGCUCUAUUGAAAACCCUGUCCGACCCGGCAGAGGCAGUUGUGACAAAGGAUCUUCAACUACUAUCACAGAUCUCAAGAAACAGCGAAGACAGCUACUUUGCCUCUUUCAUGGUGAACUUAUUACAGCUCUUCUCCACAGAUAGACAUCUGCUCGAGGUGCGCGGGAAUCUCAUUAUCCGACAGCUGUGUCUCAACUUGAGCCCAGAGCGAAUCUAUCGGACACUGGCAGACUGUCUGGAGAAGGAAGAGGACAUUGAAUUCGCCAGCAUCAUGGUGCAAAACCUUAACAAUAAUCUGAUCACUGCACCUGAGUUGUCUGAUAUGAGAAAGCGAUUGAGGAACCAGGACUCAAGAGAGGGCCAAACAUUCUUCGUUGCUCUUUUCCGUUCAUGGUGCCAUAACGCCGUCUCCACAUUCUCUCUGUGUCUACUUGCUCAAGCCUAUGAGCAAGCCUACAAUCUCCUCCAAAUUUUCGCCGAACUUGAGAUGACAGUCAACAUGCUCAUCCAGAUCGACAAGCUUGUACAGCUUUUGGAGUCACCUGUAUUCACCUAUCUCCGUCUCCAACUCCUCGAACCCGAAAAAUAUCCCUAUCUGUAUAAAUGCCUCUAUGGUGUCCUCAUGCUCCUCCCUCAGAGCUCCGCCUUUGCUGCCCUCAAGAAUCGCUUGAACAGCGUAAGCAACAUUGGAUUUCUUCACGGGGGACCCCGCAGCGCCGCCCCAACCGCUCCCUCCUACGAACGUCCCACUGGAGCCCGACUCAAAGGCCGAGACGAAAACAACAUCCGCUGGGUCGAGCUGCUCGACAAAUUUAAGGCAGUCCAGGAACGGGCCCGUCGCUCACAAGCCCAGCAACGUCACUCCCUCGAUCCUACUGACUCUCUACAGCCUUCCCUCACGGCUGCCCUCUCUGCUGCGGCUGGUGGCCGCGAUCGGUCUGGUCUCCCUGAUACUCCACGGGGUGGCCCAAUGAUGAGCUCCGGUCCCGGUGGUCUUGGAAUUGGUGGUGCAGGACCUAAUGGUAUGGGUUCUAAUCGUAACGUGCAAGAUCCUGGUCCCAAGGCUGGCUCGUCCUCAUCCAUUCUGGGGACUGCGCACAAACACAAAUCAAGUCUUCCCAACCUGGGCCGGUUAGGGAUCGGAGGACGCAAAUCGAAGAAAUGA